CUGGGGAGAUGGUUGUACAGUACGAAAUUAGCGAACCAGGCGAGCGGAUGGACCCUUGUAGCAAGGCGGAGAUCCCCAGUUGACAGCUUCUCCCAAUUAGAUUCCCAGGGCUUAUUUAUACUUCUGUGCGGAAGGUCCAGAUCAGAGUCCUCGACCAGACUUGCAGACCCGCGCGUAUUUAACUAGGUAAGAGAAGAAGGAUCGCAGGCAGAUUACCCAAGUGUCGUCUGGUAGGGUAGCAAGAAGAAAGGAGGAAUUCCCAAAUCCUGCGCCCUCGUCGUCAUUACAGGAAUAUUGAGUCGUGCAAGUUCAACAACAGAGCCUAGCAAGAUGGCACUCAUACAGGACUGGGCUCCUCCGACAAAGGAGCACUACGAAUCCAUUCUAUUCAUCUGGAAAUUCUUCCCUCUGGCUGCCUCUCUGCAAUGGCUCAUCUCCUGGUACGGCAUGGGCAAGACCUCGGUCAACAGCCGAUUCAACAUCCCAGGCCGGAUAGCCUGGGUAACGAUGGAAAGCCCAGGCUUCCUGCUCCUGCUCUACAUCAUGAACACACUCCCGCAACAGCACGGCAUCACCGACCUGCCGUGGCAAAACAAGGUCCUAGCCGGCCUAUUCGUGAUCCACUACUCCUACCGAGCGGUCCUCUUCCCGCUGAUGCAGCCCUCCAUGUCGCCCGUCCACGGCGUCGUCUGGGCGUCGGCGCUGUGCUUCCAGCUGACCAACGCGACGUGCCUCGGCGGCUGGCUGGCGGCCUACGGGCCGACGACCGAGGCGGCGUGGCGCGCCCAGCUGGCGCCCUUCCCGACGGCGCAGUUCGCGCUCGGCGCGGGGCUCUUCUACGCCGGCCUCGCCGCCAACUACUACCACGACGACGAGCUGCGCGAGAUCCGCCGCCGCGAGAUCGCCCGGCUGGAGAGGGUGGCGCGGGAGGGCGGCGGCCGGGGAGGUGGUGUCGAGAAGCAUUACCGGAUUCCAACGGCGGGGCUGUUCAAGAUCUUGCUUUACCCGCAUUACUUUGCCGAGUGGAUCGAGUGGAUGGGGUUCUGGAUCGCGUGCGGCGUGUCGUGCCAGCCUGCCAUGAUGUUUGUCGUCAACGAGAUCGCGUCGAUGCUGCCGAGGGCGGUCAAGGGGAAGAGGUGGUACGAGGAGAAGUUUGGGAAGGAGAAGAUUCGCGGAAAGUGGGCUGUGAUUCCCGGCGUGCUGUGAGUCUGGAUUGUCUUUCCGUGUUCUCUUCGGGGGACUGCUGGAGCGGACCUGGUUGGUGAGUGUCUUCUGGGUCGGGGCCGGGCCGUGAAGAUGCUGGAGAGAUGGAUGUGUGUCAGCGAGUGCUUCCCAUUACGGCGUUGCCCGCCGUGAUUCGAAGACAGUUCCUUGGGAGCGCUGAGUUUGCGCCAGGUUGGGGA